AUGAAAGACCUUGGUGAUACAAGCCAGACGUGGCAGGUCUAUCACGAAGAUUUCAACUCGAUACUCGGAUCUUCCCCAGGGAUAGAACUGCUCCUACAAAUUGACGAGUAUCCAUUUGCUCAUGAAGCCGGAGUUUUCUUCGCCCACAGAAACGAACUAUUCAUAACGAGCAACCAGUUCAGAAGCCAGACUGGUGGGAAAAGAGUGCAAAUUUCCAAGGUCUCUCUGGGAGGUGGCACCGAGCCUACCAAGCUCGAGAACAUUGAUUGCGACCUCAUUCACCUUGCCAACGGCGGUGUCAACUACAAGGAUGGAAUCUUGUUUUGCGCCCAAGGCUCUAGAACCAGCCCCAGCGGCCUCUUCCAUAUGCAAGCUUCACCACCAUAUACUACCAAACCAGUUUUGACAAGUUACCUGGGAAAACCAUUCAACUCAGUCAAUGAUGUCGUGGUGCAUGACGAUGGCAGCAUAUGGUUCACAGACCCUUCGUAUGGGCAUGAUCAAGGCUAUCGACCUCCACCCAGUCUACCAAACCAAGUGUAUCGUUAUGACCCUGCAACCGAGAGUAUCAGGGCCGUAGCGGAUGGUUUCGGAAGACCAAAUGGUAUCUGCUUCUCGCCUGAUCAGAAGACCGUGUACAUCACGGAUACAGACCAAGUGCGCGGUCCUUGGAUCGACCAUUCUCGAGCUGCUUCAAUCUAUGCUUUCGACGUGAUCCAUCGCCACGGACAACCAUUCCUUGCGAAUCGACGACUGUUCGCAUAUGCCGACAGAGGAAUACCGGACGGCAUCAAAUGCGACACUACAGGAAACGUCUAUAGCGGCUGUCCAGACGGAAUAAAUGUCUGGUCCCCCGGCGGAAGACUCUUGGGCAAGAUUCUCAUUCCUGGAGGAGUUGCCAACUUUUGCUUUGGUUCUGGUGGACAAAUCUUUGCUUUAAAUGAACAUCGCUUAUGGCGUGUUCGGCUUGAUCCCAGUGUUCAAGGCGCUCUAUUGGCUGCAUGGAGCAACGAUUAG